GUUCCUGAAUGCAGCGGAGCUACCUGCCGACCCCUGAAGGUUGACAUUGUGAUGUGCCCUGGGGUGACUGCAGGUCCAUUCGGUUCUGAUGGAUUCGCAUCAUUUGAUCAGUUUCUGUCUGAAACAAGCAGCAGCUUGAAUCCUUCCUGAAACUAUGAAACUGUAGAAGAUUUUCAUUUCCGUCUGAAUUAAAACCAUACAAAGAGCGUCCUUUAGGGUCCCUGCGAGGCAGCUGCCUACGCGACGUUCGGCGUCCCGUCACCAUGGCAACCACCCAACCAGUGGCAGCAGGACGCAAGGAGGAAACUCAGAUGAACUCAGGUAGGAAGCAUGACGUCACCGCGGCUGGGCGUGGUCAGAAAGUCGAUGCUGAUGGACCCGCUGCUGAUUAAGGCGCCGCUGGGGAGGACCAGGUCCAGGGGUCUAACUAUUCCUGGUCCAGAUUUCACCUUCGGAACCAGCAGCUUGAUCAGAGAUGGAGGCGUGACUGAAGCCCUGUCCAGCUGGAGGGUCCAGUCCAGACGGGAAAACCACACUCAGCAUCUGGACUUUGUGUCUCUAAACCGGGACGCAGUUAGGUCUGGACUGAUGACGUCCAAAGAGCUGAGCCAGUACCGGGCUCAAAGGGGUGGGGUCAAAGCCCAGAAGCAGACUACAGAGCACCAUGAGGGCAGAACUUCACGACGGCCACCAGUGGUACCUGACAUCACAUUUGGAGUCAGAAACAGGCCUUCAUCACCGCUGGCGGACCUCCUGUCCCAUCAGUACGGCCAUCGCUGGAUGGACCAACAGCUGAACAGGAACCAAACCAGCAACCACAAACACACGAUUAAACUGGAUCGACCUGCAGAAACCAGAACCAGUCUGCUGAGGAAGAGCAGAUCUGUGCCAGUCAAACAGACACCUUUCAAACUGCCUCAGUUCUCCCAGAUACCUCCGGCUCUCGACACCUUCAGGGACCCUGGAGCUCGUCAGAGAUCAGGAGAGGUCGUCAGGAUCAGGGGACAAACAAUCUGGACUAAUCUGGGGACAGAACCGGACAUGUUGAUAUGAGUGUAAAUAAGGCAGAAAUGUUUCCUUUGCAAGAACGAGACGAGUUUUCUUGUUUUAGAAAACAGUUCGGAUAGAACUCUACCAGGGUUCUGGUCCAGGUCUCUCACUUGUUUUCAACAGCAGGAAAUAAAUGGUUCUUGUUUCUA